AUGGGAUCAGCACUUCUCCUACUAAAGCAUCUGAAGUUAAAGAUUUGGAAAAGAGAUUUUGCAGAGAUGACCCAUUUACAAGCUGGACUUAGUCCAGAGACAAUAGAGAAAGCUCGCCUGGAACUGAAUGAAAACCCAGAUAUUUUGCAUCAGGAUAUCCAGCAAGUCAGGGAUAUGAUCAUCACAAGACCUGACAUAGGGUUUUUACGUACAGAUGAUGCCUUCAUCUUGAGAUUUCUCCGAGCCAGAAAGUUUCACCAAACUGAGGCCUUCAGACUGCUGGCUCAGUACUUCCAGUACCGCCAAUUAAAUCUGGAUAUGUUCAAGAACUUCAAGGCUGAUGAUCCAGGAAUCAAACGGGCUCUCACAGAUGGGUUCCCAGGAGUACUGGAAAAUCGUGACCACUGUGGCAGGAAGAUUCUUCUGCUUUUUGCAGCCAACUGGGAUCAGAGUAGGAACUCCUUCAUAGAUAUCCUUCGUGCUAUUCUACUGUCAUUGGAAGUGCUCAUCGAAGAUCAGGAGCUUCAGAUAAAUGGCUUCAUUCUAAUUAUAGAUUGGAGCAACUUCUCCUUCAAGCAAGCCUCCAAGCUUACACCAUCUAUCCUCAAGCUGGCCAUAGAAGGGUUACAGGACAGUUUUCCUGCCCGCUUUGGAGGAGUCCAUUUUGUCAACCAGCCCUGGUACAUUCAUGCUCUGUACACGCUAAUCAAACCAUUCCUCAAAGACAAGACAAGGAAAAGGAUCUUUCUUCACGGUAACAACCUGAACAGCCUUCACCAGCUAAUACACCCUGAAUGCCUGCCCUCUGAAUUUGGGGGCACUCUCCCUCCAUAUGACAUGGGGACGUGGGCUCGAACGUUACUGGGUCCUGACUACAGUGAUGAGAAUGAGUACACCCACACUUCCUACAACGCCAUGCACGUGAAGCAUGUGUCCUCCAACCUGGAGCUGGAGGCCUCACCAAAACCCAUGAAAAGGUCCCAGUCCGUGGUGGAAGCUGGCACGCUGAAACAUGAAGAUCAGGGGGAAAACGAGAACACCCAACCACUGCUGGCUCUGGACUGAGCUCCCAUCCACCCAACAACACCCAGG